AAGCUUAAUUAAGCCUCCUUAAAAGCUAUUACGCUGUAAUUGGAAGCCCAGUCCCACCUUGACGCAGGGAAGAGCCCAGAACACCUGCUGCAGGUGCCGGAUCCUCCCUGCCACGUUGGCUUUCCGGAAUUUCAUGGCGGCGGGUACCCUGGGCCACGCAGCCUGGCCAUGGGCAGCAAAACGAAGAGAACAGCCCAUCUUCACCACGCGGGCGCACGUCUUCCAGAUCGACCCCAGCACCAAGAAGAACUGGGUGCCGGCCAGCAAGCAGGCGGUCACCGUCUCCUACUUCUACGACGUCACCCGGAGCAGCUAUCGCAUCAUCAGCGUGGACGGAGCCAAGGUGAUUAUAAACAGCACCAUCACCCCCAACAUGACCUUCACCAAGACGUCGCAGAAGUUCGGGCAGUGGGCGGACAGCAGGGCCAACACGGUGUUCGGCCUGGGCUUCUCCUCGGAGCAGCAGCUGACCAAGGGGCUGCUUCCGCAAGGCUUUCCGACGCAGACCCCCGUGGUCCGGCUGGAAGGAUGCUCCCGGGGCAGCUUGGGCUCCAAGAUCAACGCGUUCUCAGCAAAGCCUUGUCGCAGCCUUGCAGCUCCCCUGACCUGUGAAGGUAAAAUUCACUUUGGCCAGGAAUCUGGGUGUGAGACCCCGUCUUCUGCUCAGGCGUCCAGCGUCAACGGGACGGACGACGAAAAGGCCUCCCACGUGGGCGCCGCAGACGCGCACCUGAAAUCAGAGAAUGACAAGCUGAAGAUCGCUCUGACGCAGAGCGCCGCCAACGUGAAGAAAUGGGAGGUGGAGCUGCAGACGCUUCGAGAGAGUAACGCCCGGCUGACGGCUGCGCUGCAGGAGUCGGCCGCCAGCGUGGAGCAGUGGAAGCGCCAGUUCUCGCUGAGCCGCGACGAGAACCAGCGGCUCCGGAACAAGAUCCACGAGCUGGAGGAGCAGUGCAGCGAGAUCGACAGGGAGAAGGAGAGGAGCACGCAGCUGAAGCGGAGGAUCGAGGAGCUGGAGUCCGAAGUGCGGGAGAAGGAGACGGAGCUGAAUGACCUCCGCAAACAAAGUGAAAUCAUACCUCAGCUCAUGUCGGAGUGCGAAUUCGUCUCUGAGAAGUUAGAGGCGGCAGAGAGAGACAAUCAGAACCUGGAGGACAAGGUGCGGUCCCUAAAGACGGACAUUGAGGAGAGUAAGUACCGCCAGCGGCACCUGAAGGUGGAGCUCAAGAGCUUCCUGGAGGUGCUGGACGGCAAGAUCGACGACCUGCACGACUUCCGGCGCGGCCUCUCCAGGCUGGGCGCCGACCACUAGGGCCGCGGCGCGGCGGGGCGGGGCGGGGCGGGCGUCCCCUGUGCGCGUCGCCCUGUCCGUGCCGGCGCGGCGUGUCACGUCCCACACCCCCGGUGCCGCCCAGUCUCCCCGACCCCGCGAGGCUGCGGACAUCUGGAAGAUUCUGACUCAGGAAUCCCCCGCUAGGUCUCCCUUAGCCGCUCACGCAGUCGGGGCAGGGAUGUUUGUAUCUUUCUGAAGGGCUGUUGCAACCAUACAACUGGGCAGAGGGUUUUCUGUUCCAAAUGGGCACACCCUUCCCACCUCCUUUCUCUGGAAGAACAUUCAGAGCGUUUGAACGCCCACCGGGGCACGGGGGCCACACCUUCCCUCCAGGCGAGGAUCGAGGUGCUUUAAAGCAGCCGCUCGGUGGAGACUUGUCCGCAGAAAGCAAACAAGGCUGCGCGCGUAGACGUCUCUGCCCCCCCCCUCCCCGGUUUGUAGGUUGUGACAACGCUCCUUUCCCGGGUUUUAACUUCUGAGCAGAUUACCGAGCCGUAGGGACAGCGUGCAGCGAGGGCGCCUAGCACAGUGCCUGGCACACAGUAGGUGCUUAAUAAAUAUUUGUUUAAUUAAACAGAUUAAAUAGAACUUAGUGUUUUAAUCAACACCCCUGUCCCAGCCUCCCGCCAGCCGAGUCCACUGGAUCCAGUUGAACAAUCCAUCUUUUUGUUGAGCUGGGCGAGUAUCAGACAGAACCUGAGUGGCUGUAUGUGGUCAAGCUUCUAGAUGGACUCGGGUGGCCCUGGGGCAGGGCGGGUGGCCGUGGGAGCGGCAGGAGCUGGUCUGAGCCCCUCCCCCCCCAGUGGUCUAUCUGUGGCGCUGGGACCGUCUUUCUCGCCCACACUUGGGAUCUAGGGUAGGACCCUUGGUGGGAAAGGAGCUCGCACGAGCUAACAGAGGGGGGUCCGGUCAGACUGGCUCUGCCUGCCUCCGUCCUGCUGAGGUUCGGCUCUCCUCUCUUACUGAGUUUCUCAGUGGGGCCAGGGACGUCUGGGGGCCCUGCCGUGCCCUGGCCACAGGCAUUUUGGAAACGCCUUUUGGGGUGGUGGAGGCCUAGCUGCCCCCUUGCCUCCCCCUGCCUGCUUUGAGAAUCACCGAGAGAGCAACCCCUUCUAGAAAGAAUUUAUAGAGCUACCCUCUGGUGAGUCUGGAUAGACCAUGAAACAGCCCGAGGAAGCGGUGGGACACAGACACACAGGCCCUAGUCCGGCCACCGACACUGUCUCUGAGCAGAGAGGCCCUCUCUGGGAUGAGGGGAGGCCGGCCUGGAGCACCGGGCACCUCGGAGGGGGACCUGCAGGCCGAGUGGGGCAGCUUUGCCCAAGCACGCUGGGCCGCAGUGCACAGGCAACGGAAAGCAAGGCACGCCCUCUCGGCGACUCGGGACAGGGCGCUGCCAUCCUGGCGUCUCCCCAGAGCUCCGGCUGGUGCCCGGACAGCGGGCAGCAGCCCCCACGGGUCGGGAGGCGGAGAGCUGGGCCGGCCGCGGAUCUCAGCCCCGGGGCAGACUGCCCGUCGGCGCACCGGGCCCGGGGCAGCCCGGGAGCAGCUGGAAUCCCGAGACCUCAGUUGGGGCCCUCUGUUGCCCGCCACCCCCCCAACCCCUCCCCCACCAUGUGAUAGGUGACUUACUGACCUGGAAGGGACCCCCUUGGCUGACUGGAGCACGCUCGGGUGACACCCUCACAGGGAGAGAGUUGCCAAAGCCCCUUGUGUAUCGUGUCGCGGUGAGGGCAGGAAACCCUGGCAGCGGUGACGCCGUGACCGCUGUGGCCCUCCAUGGUCAGGGCACACGAUCCCCACUCCACCGUCCCUGGGGGGUGGGCGCCCUGCAGGUGGCAGGUGAGGACCCGCGAGUGGCCUCGUGCGUGGCACGGGGAGCGGGACAGGCUCCGCGGGGAGGACACAACAGUGAAGCCCGGCCUUGCCCCACCUUCCUGACCAUCUUAGUGCUUCUCCACCGACAUUAUUUAAAAAAAAAAAAAAAUGUCCGGGGGACAA